GACAUCCCCUGCACAAAUGAUGGGGCCGACAGUAUUUGUCUGCACUGCGGUGGGCGUCGCCAGCCUGCUCCUGGCUCUAGAUGGUGCAGCCUGUCUACUGAAUGUGGAGAACGCAUGCCUCACGACACGAUCCAGCAGCAUCGUGAUGCUCAUCAUCGGCGCAUCAAUGCUGAUGCCAAUAGCUACCUGCCUCUGCGCAGCUCGACUCGACAGUUGCGAGGCACAAGAGCACGAGAAGACCCGAUUGCUGCAAUUUUGCAGGGAAGAGCACGAGCGAUACGAGUCUCAGUCACGCAAACUUCCUCGACGAGUGCUUAUGUAUCUUUACACCGGCCAUUUGCUCUCUGCUUGGGGUGACCGCAUGUGGGAGUUUGCUGUGCCAAUCCUCUUUAUGGAGAUAUUUGUGGAUACAUUACUACCUGGGGCAUGCUUCUCGCUCGUCAUGUACGCCUCGUGCCUCAUCGUGAUCCCGUCUGUAGGGAGACAACUCGAUGCUGCAAACCGCUGGAAGGCCAUGCGACUGGCCAUCAUACUGGAGAACGCCAAUAUAAUCGCUAGCACUGCCUUGCUAGGGGCGAUGCUACUAUUGACGGACGCCGAUGGAUUCCACAAACCAGAGUGGACAUGGCCGUUAACGCUUCUCUUUGUUGGCACACUCAUAUGUGGCGGUGUGGGUCAGGUACUUAGCGAGGCUCAAACGCUGGGCAUCGAGCGCGACUGGGUCGUGAUCAUCGCGCAAAGCAGUGGAACAGAGCCGUCGAGUGCACUGGCGAGUCUUAAUACCAUCCUUCGGCGCAUCGAUCUCGCUUGCAAGCUGCUAGGGCCUCUCGCAUUUGGCGUUAUCAUGGACUUUGCUGGCCGCGAUCCUACCACGCGCGCCAUGAUCGGCGCGUCGACGGUAGCUAUCUGGAACGGUCUCUCCACCCCGCUCGAGUAUUUCAUGACACAAGACAUCUACAAACUCGUCCCCGAGCUUGCUAUCAAGGAGAGCUCGAAGCAACCCAACGACGAAGAAGAGCUAGCAUCAGCAGACGAUCAAUCGACUCUGUCUCGCUAUGUUGGAAUGUGGAGAAACUACUCGAGGCAUCCGGUUUUCCUGCUCAGCUUUUCCUACUGCGCACUCUACAUGACUGUCCUGGAUAACGGCUCGUUGAACACCGCGUACCUUAAGUGGCGAGGCGUACCCGGCUCGUUGUUGGCCUCCAGCCGUGGUGCAGGUGCGGUAUUUGGCCUUUUGGGUACCGUAUUGUUCCCAUACUUGCGGCGUACCAUUCCGCGACUGGAGUGUGUUGCAGUCUUGAGUAUAUGGCUGUUCUGUUUGUGUCUAGCGCCAAUAUUGGUUGCAUUCUUGCUGAGUGGAGAAUCGCGUGUGUCGGACUACGUUAUGCUAUGCUGCAUGGUUGGCGCACGCAUGUGGCUUUGGAGUGCCGACCUCACGGAAACGCAGCUCAUGCAGGAAUGGAUCGAACCAAGUCGCCGUGGAGCCGUCAACGCCAUGCAGACGGCGACGUGCCAAUUAUUCUACAUGCUCAUUCAAGUGGUAGGAAUCAUAUUCCACGACCCGAGACAAUUCGAAGCGCUCGUGCUCUUCUCCGUUGCCACUGUGCUCGCUGCUGCGAUGGGGUUCACGCUCUGGGACGUUCGAUAUGGCUGCCACCGAAGUUUGUACGCGCGGUCCACGACAGGAACUAUGAAGACAAUUGCAACACCGUAAACAGCAAUAAAGACUCUUUAAGGGACGAGUUUGGAAGGGAUCAGAUUCUAAGCCUUCGCUAGAAAGAGUCGAGCACCCCCGGAGCCGCAUUACAUACUUAUCUCAUGAAGUUCUCACAGAUAUCACUUCAACGUCAGCUCUACAGUGCAUGUAGCAAUUCACUUUGAUCAAAAUGUAAAUUCGGCACACAAGAUCUUUUAGGCUAAUAGAAGGCCAU